AUGGCGCUGGUUGGAAACUUAGGCGAGUUUGUCCCGAAAGUGGAGUCUUGGUCGGCGUAUAUCGAACGGCUAGAGCAGUUCUUCGUGGCAAACGAUAUAAGCCAGGAGAAACAGGUUGCGACCCUGCUGAGUGUGAUGGGAGCAUCCACCUACGGUUUACUGAGAAACUUGGUACAACCUGAAAAGCCAAAAGAUAAGUCGUACAAGGACAUUGUGGACAUUUUAAAGAGCCAUUUCGAGCCGAAACCGUUGCUGAUUGCGGAAAGAUUUCGUUUCAAUCACUGCAACCAAAAAGCUGAUGAAUCUGUGACGGAAUAUGCAGCGGAGCUGAAACAAUGUGCUGUGAGCUGUGAGUUCGGUGCAACAUUGGACGAGUCAUUGCGUGACCGUUUUGUAAGUGGAAUCCGCAACGAAGCCUGUCAGAGACGACUGUUGUCAGAAUCGAAUCUGACGUUUGCACGUGCGUUUGAAAUCGCAUUGAGCAUGGAGACGGCAGAAAAAGACACGCAGCAGCUGAGAGGGUAUGACUCGCGCCCAGGGGAAGUGCAUAAAGUGGAGGCGCGUGCAGCACGACAUCCCGAUCACAGAGGAAAGACGUGUUACAGAUGUCAUGGCAAAGAUCAUAGCCCGCAGGUGUGUCGUUUCAAAAGUGCACAGUGCCAUAAUUGUGGGAAAAUUGGUCACAUUAAAAGAGCAUGCAGAGGAAAAAGGGGAAAAAGUAAUCGUUUUGCUGACAAAAACACUAAGUAUGUAGAGGCAGAGGAAGCUGAGUUGCCCAUGUUUUCGCUGUUAAGUGAUGAGAAGGAAAAAAAGUCAUUCACAGAGACAUUUAAGGUAAAUGGCAAAGAAAUAAUGAUGGAAAUUGAUACUGGAGCAGCCGUGAGUAUCAUAUCGGAGGAAAUGUUCCAAGCAGCAUUCGCAACUGAGCCACUAGAGGUCGCAGGAGUCAAACUUAAGACUUAUACAGGAGAGAUUAUGCCUGUAUUGGGACAGUUUAAAGCACAAGUGAGCUAUGAGGGACAAAAUGAACAGCUACCCUUAAUUGUAGUAAAAGGGGAGGGGCCAGCUCUGUGUGGCAGAAAUUGGCUACAAAAGCUUACCUUGAAUUGGAAAAAAAUUAAACAUGUCAGUCAAGUGCAUCAACCAAAGACACUUCAAGAGGUGUUAGAUUCGUGUCCAGAUGUGUUCAAAGAUGAACUAGGCACACUCAGUGGGCUUAAGGCAAAGAUACUGGUAAAUCCUGAAGUCCCCCCACGUUUUUGUAAAGCUCGCCCACUGCCUUUUGCCAUGAAGGCCCAGGUUGAUGCAGAAUUGGACAGACUGGAGAAAGCUGGAAUAAUCUCACCUGUAAAACACAGUGAAUGGGCGGCACCUAUUGUACCGGUAAUAAAAAAAGACAAAACCAUAAGACUGUGUGGGGACUAUAAAUUGACAGUGAAUCAAGCAGCUAUCACAGAAACAUACCCAUUACCCCGGGUUGAAGAGUUGAUGGCUACGCUCAGUGGAGGAACGGUGUUUUCUAAAAUAGACCUAGCAUCAGCGUACCAGCAGGUUCUUGUUGAGGAUGAGUGCAAACUGCUGUUGACCAUUAACACACACAGAGGAUUAUUUGUCUACAAUAGAUUACCAUUUGGUGUCAGUUCAGCUCCCUCGAUUUUUCAAAGAAUCAUGGAGAACAUAAUGAAAGAUCUGGAUGUUGUCGUAUAUCUUGAUGACUUACUGGUUACUGGAAGGACAGAACAGGAACAUCUGCUGAGGCUACAAGCAGUGUUGAAAAGACUCCAGGAGAAUGGUUUGAGAGUGAAGAAGUCAAAAUGUGAGUUUGGAAAAAAACAAAUUGAGUAUCUGGGAUUUGUGUUAGACAGUAAGGGGCUUCAUCCAUCACCAGACAAGGUUACAGCGAUCAAGGACGCUCCUGCACCUACCUGUGUAAAGGAGCUAAGAGCAUUUCUGGGUUUGGUAAAUUACUAUGGACGUUUUUUGCCUAACCAAAGUACCAUGGCAGCUCCUCUCUAUAGGCUGUUGAGAGAUAAUGUAACCUGGGAUUGGAAACAGUCAGAACAAAGUGCGUUUGAAAAAUGCAAAGAUCUGCUGACGGACGAAAGCGUUCUAGUGCAUUACGAUCCCAGUCUUCCACUCACUUUAGCCUGCGAUUCGUCAGCAUAUGGUAUUGGAGCAGUUUUACAACACACCAUGCCCACUGGGGAGGAACGUCCUGUGGCUUAUGCCUCACGAACACUUGCGCCAGCUGAGAAAAAGUACUCCCAAAUUGAGAAAGAGGGACUGGCGCUCAUUUUUGGAGUUAAAAAGUUUCACCAGUAUCUGUGGGGAAGGAAGUUCAAGAUGGUAACUGACCAUAAACCUCUGUUGACUUUGUUCGGAGAACAUAAAAGUCUACCCACCAUGGCAGCAGCCCGGAUUCAGAGGUGGGCGAUCAUUCUUUCAGCGUAUGAUUAUCAUAUUGAAUACUGUCCUUCUGAGAAACACAGUAAUGCGGAUGGACUUUCACGGGUUCCCUUACCUGACACGACAGAUGUCGGCACAGCGGCUUUGUCAGAGAAUGUUCAUGCUUUAAUGGCCGAACAUUUUGAACAAGCUCCUCUGGAUGCUGAUCAGGUGGCACGCGUCACACGUAGAGACAAGGUGUUAUCCAAAGUCCUGAAGUAUGUAAUGGAUGGUUGGCCAAUGAGUGUGGACGAGAGUUUGAAAGCUUAUCACUCACGCAGGGAUGAAUUGUCUACAGAAAGAGGAUGUGUGCUCUGGGGCACCAGAGUGAUAAUUCCAGAUAAACUGAGAAAAAUUGUGCUUAAAGAAAUACAUGUGGGUCACCCAGGGAUCGUUAGGAUGAAAGCUCUCACUCGCAAAUAUGUGUGGUGGCCUAAAGUAGAUGCAGAUCUGGAACAAGUCAGUAAAGUAUGCGAGGCGUGCCAGAUGGAACAGAAAACUCCCCGUCAAGUUCCAUUACACCCAUGGGAAUUUCCGGGUCAAAGCUGGAAAAGACUACACAUAGACUUUGCUGGUCCGUUCCAGGGACACACAUUCAUGAUACUUGUUGAUGCUUAUUCGAAGUGGUUGGAGGUGUUUAAAAUGCCUAGCCUUACCUCACAAGCGACCAUCACAAGACUAAAGAGGUUGUUUGCAGCAUACGGACUGCCGGAGCACAUUGUGACAGACAAUGGAACCCAAUUUACAUCUGUGGAUUUCAAAAACUUUAUGCAGCUAAAUGGUAUUCUCCAUUCAACGAGUGCCCCGGGUCAUCCUGCUACCAAUGGUCUGGCAGAAAGGUAUGUGCAGACUUUUAAAAAUGGAAUGAAGAAACUUGCACAUUUGACAAUGGACUUGGAAGAUAAGAUCUCGCUUUUCCUGAUGCAGUACCGCACGACCCCAAACUGUACUACCGGUCAAUCACCAGCGGAUCUUUUCCUGAACCGCCAUGUACGCACUCGUCUGGAUUUUGUUCAUCCAGAUGUCACUGUCACUGUUCGUAGGAAGCAGUAUUUACAGAAGUUCUAUCAUGACCAACGUGCAGUGGAGAGGUCUUUUUCUGAAAAAGAGGCGGUUUAUCUUCGUAACACCACAGGAGGAGGGAACAAAUGGGUUCCAGGUGUGAUAGUAAAGCAAACUGGUCCAGUGUCUUACCAGGUUCAGGGACGAGACACUGAUGUCACUUUCAGGAGACAUAGUGAUCAGUUGAGACCCAGGUUUGUAGAGGAUGAACUUGUUAAAGAGACUGAUGACUCUGAGGUGGACACUUCUGUUCAACCCUGUGCAUCAGAAGAAGAGAAACAAGCAGUUUCUGAGUUUCCUCAAAAGGACUGUGGGGGGGUUACGGGGGUUUCUCAGAGUCCACGUCGUUCUUCCAGAAUUAGAAAACCACCAAAACGUUUGGACUUGUAAUACAUGAAACUGACAUUUUUGCAAUAGCUACAGUAUAGGACUGUUAGUGUCUUAAAUGUAGUUUGGCAUUUUACUGUUAUAAAAAAAAAAAAUUUUUUAUUAUUGUUGUUUAGUUGAAACAAUGAUAAUUGUGUUGGGGUUUGCUAUGUGCAGUUUCUGAUGAAGCCGAGUGUACCUUUGUUUUAAAGGGAGGGUAAAUGUGAUGUAUUGAAUGUUUCAAGUUUUGCAUUUUGACUCAGUAUCUUCCCGUAGCUAAGGGGGGCGUGGUCAGUGUACGUUGUACGAGUGUUUUGGUUCAAGCUGUUAGUAAAAAGUGAGCUGAGCAAUGAGAUU